AGUUUUUGUUUUGUUUGUUUCUUUGAACGUAUUUAAUAAAACUAUUCAGCUUGAACUGGACUUUCUGCAAAUUCCAUUCAUCCCACCCGCCCACUCAGCCUUUGUUGUUGCUGCUUCUUGUUCUCUGCGUGCCUCUUCAAAGGAGCCGUGGCAGUGACACAUCAACACGAAACACAAACAAAUCGACGCAGGCCAGACCUACAGGCGGUCAGCCGCUCCAUUGCGCCUACGUCGCCAGUCGCGUCAUUCCAGAGAAGAUGAACUUUCCCGCGCACGUGCGUGCCUGCUUGUUGGCCGUGGUGUUCCUCCUGGCCGCCGCCGCUCUCGUGCAGAGUGCGGACCCGCACCCCUACCAUGAGGGCAACUACGGCACCGCAGGGCUGCCCCACACCGACCUCGCUGGCUCCCAGGCUAACAGCUGGGACUACGCCGACCUAAAAGCGUGGCCCCAACUGUGCCAAACCGGCAGCCGCCAAAGCCCCAUCUCCUUCACCAACGUCGACCCGAGAGAGAUAGUGCGAGACGCCCCGCUGAAGCGCCUGCAGUUCUCCUCCAAGUGCUUCUUCCCAAAGGACAAGACGGAGAUGCGCAUCGUCAACGAGGGGGCGGUGAACGUGGUGAGCUUUGAGCGGCAAGGGCGUCUGCCGGAGGACCUGAGUGAGUGCACCCUGGCGGAUCCGCUCAACAAGUCGCGCAUUUUCUACUUCUCCGAGCUGCACUUCCACGCCACGUCGGAACACAUGUUCCGCAGCCUGCGCCCGGACGUCGAGAUGCACAUCUCGUUUGUCACCGACGAGGCGAAGGAGAAGAAGCGCGAGAUGCUGGUGGUGGCCGUCAUGCUCAAGGCGUCCACCUCGAUCAACAGCACCUCCGUACGGGCCUUGCGCCACAUUUUGGUCGACGGUUCGCUGCCGCGCCGCCACGCCAUGACGACGUGCUUCUUGACAGAGGACAUGUCCAUCACUUCUCUCCUGCCGCCGCGGGAGAGCUACCUGCUGUACGACGGCUCGUUAACGCACCCGCCGUGUCGCGAGAACGUGCGGUGGAUCGUCAUGACAUCCCCUAUUCUCAUUUCGCGUGUGGCGGUGGGCAAGCUACGGGAUUCGAUGCACCAGCUCCUGCCGAACGACUUCCACCGCUUCGGAAACGCCCGCCCACCGCAGGCGCUGAAUGGGCGGCGGAUCUACCGCUUUGACGACACCUCCGUUCCGCAGGGCGGCCACCGUCGCGAGGGCAACCUCGAUGACGCGUGGACGAAGAAGAUGAAGCGGAAUGGCGCCGUCGUAGUGAACAACGAAACAAUCGUCGAUGACAUCUUUCGCGCCCAGGAGGAGGAGGACGCCGGGAAUUCGACCCUUGUCGACGUGGAUUUCAGCGCGGAUGAAUUCAACUCCACGUCCACCACGACAACGCAGGGGCCGGGAAUGACGGAGAGCGCCACGGAUGCCGCGAACUCUAGCGGCGCUGAGACGGCAGCGGUGCACAACACGACGACGAAGCCGGACGACAGGAGCGCCAAGGCGGCCUCCAGCGCGUCGAAAGCUGCGGCGGAGUCGAGGAACACCACGAUGGACCCGCAUGCCGCACCGAACCACAGCAGCGGCAACAGCAGCACUCCGGCGCCUGCCGAGGAAGCUGCUGCUGCUGAGGCUACGACGACUACCACCACCAGCACGCCCACAACCUCUACCACGUCCUCCACCAGCACCACGAAGAAACCUGCGCCGCGCAAAGGCAAGAGGGGCAAUCAUUCGCCGACCAAGAACAUCUCCGAGACGGCGACGGCGUCGGACACCGCUGCUGGUGUCACCAAGUCCAUCAACGCCACAGCAUCGAGUGCGUGGGCCCGCAUGAAGAACUUCGUCGCGCGUGCCGUGCCAACGACUGUGACGUACGUGAAGCACCACCCGAUCAGAGCAGCCCUCAUCGGCGUGGCCAACUUGGUCCUCUUCUACUUGAUCUGCACCUGCAUUCGUGGGUGGAAGUCGCCGGUGUACGUCGUGGGGAUUGACCCACGGGAGCUGCAGCCGCUGCACCCCAAUACGGCCUUCGGCCAGUACGGCGGCACCGGUGCCGCUGCAGUGCCCUCGGCAAACCCACCGACGGCGUAA